AUGAACCUCAAGAAUCAGUUGACUCACCGUGGUUUGGCCGAGUUAGCCAAACAAUACGGCGGUCUCUUACACCUCCAUAUGGGUAGAAUUCAUAUUGUAGCCGCUUCAACAGCUGAGAUGGCUCGAGAAAUUCUUCAGGUUCAAUAUGUGGUUUUCGCAAACCGGCCGGCUAACGUUGCGAUUUCAUAUCUUACUUACAACCGGGCGGAUAUGGCGUUUGCGAACUACGGUCCACUUUGGCGUCAAAUGAGGAAGGUUUGCGUGAUGAAGCUCUUUAGCAGGAAACGGGCCGAAUCAUGGGCCUCGGUUCGAGAAGAAAUCGAUUCGAUGGUUCAAACUCUAACCGAACAAACCGGUUCUCCGGUUAACGUUGGCGAGCUGGUAUUUGCUUUGACGCGGAACAUAACGUACCGAGCAGCGUUUGGAUCGUUCGCUCGUGAUGGCCAAGACGAAUUCGUCAAAAUACUGCAAGAGUUCUCGAAGCUGUUUGGAGCGUUUGAUAUCACAGAGUUUUUGCCGUGGAUGAAAUGGUUUAGUAACCGCGGUUUCAACGAGCGGUUGGAAAACGCUAGGAACUCGCUGGAUGGGUUCAUAGAUAGAAUCAUCGACGCACAUAUCGAAAAGAAGAAAUCGAGAAAACAAGACGAUGAUGGCUUGGACGAUGACAUGGUCGACGAACUAAUGGCGUUUUAUAGCGGUGAGAACGGUGGAAAAACUAACGAUUCGCAGUCUUCACUUACACUCACAAGAGAUAACAUCAAAGCCCUUGUCAUGGAUGUGAUGUUUGGUGGGACGGAAACGGUGGCGUCUGCGAUUGAAUGGGCAAUGACGGAGCUGAUGAAGAAUCCUCACGAACUACAGAAACUGCAGCAAGAACUCGCUGACGUCAUCGGAUUGGAUCGUCCAUUUCACGAAUCUGAUCUCGAGAAACUUCCCUACUUCAGAUGCGCGAUGAAAGAGACGUUGAGGCUACAGCCCCCGAUUCCGCUUCUCCUCCACGAGGCGGCGGCGGAUUCCGUCGUCUCCGGGUACUCGAUUCCCCGUGAUUCUCGGGUGAUGAUCAAUGUGUACGCAAUUGGGCGAGACGGAUCGGUCUGGAGUGAACCGAACGAGUUUAGACCGAGUCGGUUUAUGGAUAGCGAGGCUCCGGAUUUCAAAGGCAGUGAUUUCGAGUAUCUUCCGUUCGGGUCGGGUCGAAGAUCGUGCCCGGGUAUGCAGUUAGGGCUCUAUGCUAUGGAGCUCGCAGUCGCGCACAUGCUUCACUCUUUCGAUUGGGAGUUGCCGGACGGAGUUAACUCCGGUGAUCUGGAUAUGACUGACAUGUUCGGUCUCACGGCUCCUAGAGCCACCAGGCUCAUCGCCGUUCCGAGCUACCGGCUAAAAUGUCCGAUGGUGAUUUGA